AUGAAAGUGCUUUGUCGUUUGAAAUGUUAUGCUUUACAGUGAACAGGGGAAGUUGCGGUCAAACAUACUCAUCUCUUCAGUGUGGUUAAUUCAGAGGUGUUGUGCUGACCAUUUAAGUGGAAUAUGGUUGAUGAGCUUAGAAGGUGUCUCAUAAGCAUGGGGGGUAAUGCACAGGGAUCUGAAACCUGACAACUUGUUCGCAGAUAUUACAGAGAUUGCACUUCUUUUCUUCAAAACUGGGAUGGAAAGCUCCAACAGCAUUUCAAACCGGGUAUGAGGUCAGUCAUAGGUUGUGGCUAUGUGAAAAGUCACCUUGCAAAGUGGAGUCCGGACAAUGGCUACUAUAAAUUGAAAUCUAAGGCAGCGAGUGUGAUCCAGGCUUACUGGCGUGGUUACAGUGCUAUAACUGACUACAAGAAAUUGGAAAGAGUUUCUCUUGUUUAUCAAAGUAAACUCAGAGGAAGAACUGCCAAAAAAACAGUUGGGACAGUCAAAUCAGGUUGUUUAUUUUCUAUGUCUGACCAAUUCUCGCAACUGAAGUCCUUCUUGAGAUCUGCUUCUAUGUCUUCAACGUUGGUUACUUCAGCGCCAGUUGUACGUGAUGAUCUUGCUGACAGGUCUGAGAACUCGGAAGCUUCAUCAACUGAUUCUGAUUUCACAUUUCCAGCUCCUUCUUCUUCUUCUUCUGUAGAUAAUCCAACAGCUUCAAGUCAUUGUUCGAGAUCUAUCAACCACAGAGGCCAAAGGUCAGUGGAACAGUGAACUAUGACAGUGAUAAGGCAGAGGGGUUUGAGGAUUACUUUUGAUAAUGAAGAGCCGAUUUGAUCUCAGCACUAGAUACUUUUGGAGUGCUGACAAUAAUCUCUUUACUCCCUGGUUGUGCCUAAGGGCAAAUGUUUUUAGUGUUUACAAUUAGUUCAAAACUCCAAUUGUAGUUUUCUCAGGAUUAGAUACUGCAAUACAUGUGUAGGGUCGUCGAGAUAUGUCAGUUUCCAUGUGUUCAACGCAUACAAAAUACAUGUUUGUUUCGAAAACUUAAUACAAUUUGCUACAUAAUUAUAAAACUAUACGUUUGCUUUC